AACGAUAAUUCCUCGAAACUUGUAGAAAAAGAAAACAAAAUAUAUUAGCAGCGAACAAAGAAUAUAAACAACUACUACGAGUCGAGGCUCGAGCAGCGACAACUGAUCUUUCUGCAACUGCAAUUCUCCGAUCUAUUAUUAUUCCAAGACUUUGAAUAUUGGAAGGGAUUCAUGGCAUCAUUUCUCCCAGCAACAACUGAAUCCUUGAUUCAGGCUACAGAAGCCAAAGCUGCACCUGAAGCCAUUGCAAUUCUCUACCGUGUACUUGAUGACCCUUCAUCGACUUCAGAAGCUCUAAGAAUCAAAGAACAGGCAGUCUCCAGUCUUUCAGAUCUUCUUAGAGAACAAAGUAGGGCUGAGGAAUUACGGAACCUUCUGACUCAAUUAAGGCCAUUCUUUUCCAAGAUCCCCAAGGCCAAAACUGCCAAAAUUGUUCGUGGAAUUGUUGAUACUGUAGCUAAAAUACCUGGUACAUCUGAUCUUCAGGUCUCCCUUUGCAAAGAAAUAGUUGAGUGGACCCGUGCUGAGAAGCGUACGUUCCUCCGUCAACGUAUUGAGGCAAGGCUUGCAGCUCUUCUGAUGGAAAGCAAGGAGUAUUCAGAGGCGCUAAGCCUUUUGUCAGGUUUGAUUAAAGAGGUAAGAAGGUUGGAUGACAAACUCCUGCUUGUGGAGAUAGACUUGCUGGAGAGUAAGCUCCAUUUUUCUUUGAGAAACCUUCCCAAAGCAAAGGCUGCUCUCACAGCUGCAAGAACAGCUGCCAAUGCAAUUUAUGUGCCUCCUGCUCAACAGGGAGUUAUAGAUUUGCAAAGCGGGAUCCUUCAUGCAGAAGAGAAGGACUAUAAAACUGGUUACAGCUAUUUUUUUGAAGCUUUUGAAGCUUUUAAUGCACUUGAAGACCCUCAGGCCGUUUACAGUCUCAAGUAUAUGCUUCUGUGCAAAAUCAUGGUCAAUCAGGCUGAUGAUGUAGCUGGAAUAAUAUCAUCACAAAAGGUGGGAUUGCACUAUCAGGGCCCGGAACUUGAUGCAAUGAAAGCAGUUGCUGAUGCUCAUUCAAAGCGUUCACUCAAGCUUUUUGAGUCCGCACUUAGAGAUUUCAAGGCACAGCUAGAGGAAGAUCCUAUUGUCCACAGGCACCUGUCCUCCCUCUAUGAUACUUUACUGGAGCAGAACCUCUGCAGGUUAAUUGAGCCUUUCUCAAGGGUCGAGAUCGCUCAUAUUGCUGAGUUAAUUGAAUUGCCUGAAGAGCAUGUUGAGAAGAAAUUGUCGCAGAUGAUCCUUGACAAGAAGUUUGCAGGUACCUUAGACCAGGGUGCUGGAUGCCUCGUUAUUUUUGAUGACCCGAAGUCUGAUGCAAUUUACCCUGCAACAUUAGAAACCAUUUCUAAUGUGGGCAAGGUUGUUGAUAGCCUCUUCACCAGGUCUGCUAAAAUCAUGGCCUAAAUGUAGUGGCUCAGGGAAUACUUUAUUUCCCCUGUGGUUUCCUUUCGCAUUUGCAACAUUGACUUGCUCAAAUGUAUUACUACCAGAAUUUUUCUUGUGAUGUUGCUUUGGAAGACUGAGUCACUUUCAUCAUUGAA